AUGAGAGAGAAUAACAAUGGAGACGUUUGUGCCUGUGAUAUGAAUGUCGAUACAGUGACAGUGAUGAACAAGACAGGAAGAGUCCGAUUCCGUUAUGAUGGUACACCAGCCAGUAGAAAUAAACCAUUCAAACCUAUAGACAUUGCCACUGGCCCACUGAGCCAGAUCAUUACAAGCUCCCCAAUGCUCACUCCUGUCUGUACUCUGCUAUUUUCCACUUCGAAAAGGAAAAAGAUGUGGUCUUCGCCCACUUGGGCACAGGACGUGUUCACGUGUGACCUUAACUGUGACAACCCCACCCAGCAAUUCUGUAACAGCUGCCAGGUCAGUUUGUGUGGGGACUGUAUAAAUAAACAUGUAGAAAGUCUGAAGUCUGAAACACAUGACAUUGUUCCCUUUAAAGACAGAAGUGAACGUCUCGUAUUCACAUCAUGUGCUUCUCAUCCAAACCAGAAAUGUGAGGGACAUUGCCAACAAUGUGGUGUCCCCGUCUGCUUCAGAUGUCUCACAGGUCCCCACAGCGGCCAUACUGUCAAAGAUAUGUCAGAGGUGGUACAACAGAUGAAAGAAGAAAUCAAAACAGAAACUGAGGAAAUUGAGUUUCUUAUUUCAAGAUUAACGAUAAGUGGAGCAAGCAUUGAUCAGAAGAUAUCUAACAUGACUGAAAAAUUCAAAACAAUGGAGAGAGAGGGAGAAAAUCUUAGAAAAACCUGGCACAAAGAAGUAGACAACAUUUUCGACACACUACAAUUAACCAUUAGGAAAAUGAAGAAUAGAAGACUCUCAGCUUUCAAAACAUACCAGUCCAUGCUGCAGAAUUCAGCGUCAAACUUAGGUCUGAAAACAAAAGAGAACAAGAAAAUCCUAAAGUCCAAUAAAGUAUCUGAUGUUCAAAACUACAAAUCAGAUCUUAAGGAUUUCAGGGACAUUCCUAUAGAUGUUGAUAUGAAGAUUCCUUCCUUAAAAAUCAACACAGUUCAGGGGGGAGAACUCAGCAUAGAAUUAGGAGAAUACAAGGCUACACUGACACAGACAUCCAUAUCCAGUGGGACAGAAGAUAUCUCCGUUUUAUAUGUGAGAAAAUUAUUGGACAAAGCUCAAGUUAUUGCUAACAUUCCUUCUGGUAUUAUCCCUUUAGGUACCAUUAUCUGCAUUGGAUCGAAUGAAGUUUGGGCGUGUGGUGAAGACAAAUUUAUAAGACGUAUUAACAUACGUGGAUUUAUGAAAGACAUGAUUAACACCGAAUGUAAACCUUGUCCAAAUGAUAUUUCAGUGACCAGACAGGGAGAACUGAUAUACAGUGAUUACGGAAACAGAACAGUGAACAUCGUCAGACAGGGGAGGAUAGAGACAUUGAUCACUCUACCUCAGAGAUGGCAUCCACUGGGAUUCUGCUGUACUAGAUCAGGCGACAUACUAAUAAGUAUGUAUACUCCUGAUGAAUUUCAUAAAAAAAUAGUCCGGUUUCAGGGACAAACAGCAAGUACAGAAAUUGAUAAAGAUGGCCUCGGACACAAUAUAUUUAAAUGUGGAGAAAUGGGACUUUGUGUUGAGGAAAAUUACAAUGGGGAUAUUUGUGCCUCUGAUUAUGAUGCCAAGACAGUGAUAGUGAUGGACAAGACAGGAAGAGUCAGAUUCAAAUAUGAUGGUACAGAAGCCAGGAGAAAUAAACCAUUCCAACCUAUGUACAUUGGUACAGACUCUCAUAGUCUGAUUAUUAUAACUGAUGUUAAUAAUGACUGUCUUCAUAUUUUAUAUCAGAAUGGACAGUUUAUCAGAUGUGUUGACAAUUGUGGACUUCUGAGACCUGUUCGACUGAGUGUGGACAGGAAGGGGAGGUUAUGGGUUGGGAGUCAAGAAUCGGGUGAGAUAAAAGUGAUCCAGUACCUGGAGGUAAAGAAACAUCCACUGUGA